AUGCAGUUCACGAAUUUUGUCUCUAUCCUGUUGCUUUUAAGCAUAACACUUGCCGUUACAGAUUCAGAAGAAUGUGAAGUGUGUGUGGGUUUUUUGGAACGUCUGUACAGGUCUCUUAUAUCCACCCAUCCUGAGUUGACCUUUGCCCUUGUGGAGGAGGGGCUUAAUCGGGCGUGUGUGGGGGCCACAGGGAAAGAGAGCCGCCUCUGUUAUUAUCUGGGAGCCUCCAGUGAUGCUGCCGCUCGAGUGACGGGAGAGGUAACACGUCCCCUAAGUUCCCAUGUGCCUGUCCAAAAAAUCUGCCAGAGGCUACAGAGGCGAGAUAGCCAGAUCUGUGAGCUUAGAUAUGAGCAGCAGGUACUGGACUGGAGCAGAGAUGCUCUCUCUAAGCUUCGUGUGUUAGAGCUGAAGCGAGUCCUGGCCUCGUGGGGGGAGGAGUGCCGAGCAUGCCUGGAGAAGAGUGACUUUAUUGAUCUCAUCCAGGAGGUGGCUCCCAAACACAAUGUAGGACAGCACAGGGCCCAGUCGGAGGAGCUCUGA